GUUACUUAUUUCUUCUUCUUUCAUUGCAAAAAUGAUAGUAUUUGUUUAUUUUUCAUUACUGAUUUUGCUACCACUAAGUUCAAGUUAUUCAGUUGAUGAGUGCUUUAUAAAUGAUCAAAACAAUUAUGUUGCUCGUAAUGUGCCCAAAUCGGAUGUCGAUCUAAUCGAAUUUCCGUUGAAUUUAGAGUUUAUGGAAGCUGAAUUUUUCUUAUGGGGUUCUUUGGGCUAUGGCUUGGAUAAGUUUGCACCUGAACUUGCUGAUGGUGGACCGGUGCCUAUUAGUGCUCAAAUUGCUAAACUUAGCCCUCUUAUAAGAGAUGUUAUUGCCCAAUUUGGAUUUCAAGAAGUUGGUCAUGUCAGGGCAAUCAAGGAUACAGUAGCAGGAUUUCCAAGGCCAUUGUUGAAUCUAAGUAGAGAAUCAUUUGCAACAGUGAUGAAUGAUGCAUUUGGACAUCCGUUAGAACCACCUUUUGAUCCUUAUGCUAAUGACAUCAACUAUCUUCUUGCAUCCUAUGUCAUCCCUUAUGUUGGACUCACUGGAUAUGUUGGAGCCAAUCCUAAACUUCACAGCCCUACUGCCAAAAGACUUGUAGCAGGACUAUUGGGAGUAGAAUCGGGCCAAGAUGCAGUUCUGAGAGCUUUGUUGUACGAGCGAGGAAGAGAGAACGUGAAACCAUAUGGGAUAACGGUAACAGAAUUCACAAACCGGAUAUCAGCGCUAAGGAACAAGCUGGGACGCCAUGGCAUUAAAGAUGAAGGACUUAGAGUGCAACGAGAAUUUGGUGCUGAAGGAAGUAUAAGGGGGAAUAUACUUGCAGGGGACAAGUACUCGCUUGCCUAUGAUAGAACACCGGAAGAAAUACUGCGAAUAGUGUACGGAAGUGGACAAGAGAGUAAACCGGGUGGGUUUUACCCUAAUGGAGCUGAGGGUCGAAUAGCAAAAUCAUAUCUUUGAGUUAAUUAGAGAACUGGUAAAAUGUUGCUUCAUGUCUCGUAAUAAAGUGACAAAAAUAAUGUUGGCUAUAUUUCUUGUGUUUGAUUGGCAAUUUAUCCUCAUUUUUUUUUGUUCA